UAGCGAGCAGAGAAGUGGCGAAUCGAUGUCGGCUAUAGGUGCAAUGAUUUGUAGCGGACAUCACCUACCGGAAGAGGAUGUCCUUGGAAAUUUCCGUGCACUAGUCUUCAGUAUAAAGCCAAUAAAAACUGAAAUCUGAUGUGGGACAUGCAUUUGUUUGUCGAUAAUAAAUUACAUAGUUCCGUUUAUACAACAAACAUUUCAAUUAAGUACUGUUGCCAUGCCACAUAGCACAAAAAAUAGUACAGUAUAGGUAUUCAACAGUCCAACGCCUCGUGACCUACAUUGGUUUUACAAAUUGUUUUACUAUACUCCGGAAACACCUAGGAUACCAAGCCAUAUUUAAUAGAAUCACAAAGCACACAAGUCAUUUCACAUUUCAAUUUAUUUCAAUAUUUUUAAAAAUAAUAAACUGCGCAGUUAAUUCGUUUUAAGGAUGCAAACAACUCAGCAGCAGGUUAAACGCACACGCUCCUAUGUAGAAGAAGUUUAUCGCCAGAUAGAAGAAAAGCCGGAUAUACUUGAUAUUAUAAUAUUGAACAAAAAUGGGAAUCCUGUUAAGACGACGAUGGAGCCGCAAUCAGCUAUUGAGUUUUCCGGCCUGUACGAGGUAUUGAAGGAAAAAGUUCAAUCAGGCUUGCAGAAGAUCGAUCCUGACGAUAAGCUAUUGAUGCUACGUGUACGUACAAAAGCAAACGAAGUGCUUAUUACGCCAGAUGAAAAAAUUACUGUGGUGGUAGUGCAAAAUGCUCAAGAUAGAAUACAAUUAUGAAUUGUAAUUUUGAAUUUUAAAAUAAAUUGCUAUAUUAGAACAUUAGAACCAUUCAAAAAUAUAAUCAUAUUAAAAUACUAUUG